AUGGACCAGAGCCUCGUCUUCACCAUCUCGACCCUGCUGCUGCUGGGCCUCUCCCAGACCCACUCUCCCCUGGAGCUUUCUCUGGAUGUGUACCGCUGUGUCUACCACGGCAUCAUUCCGCAUGAGCUCCUCCAUGCACUGGGCUUCUACCACGAACACGCCAGGAGCGACAGAGACCAGUUUGUCAAGAUCAAUUGGGAAUAUAUUCCUCAAGACACCCUUCCCAUUCCUGACUCCUCUGUGAACAUAGGACAGAGGCAGGAUAUGUCUGACAUCCAGAAGAUCAACAACCUACAGUAUAUCAAGGAAACAGGGCUGUGCAAUUCCAUGAUUGCCCAGUAG